CUCUCGCAGUGCCCGUCUCCGCUCCCGCCUGCGCAACCGCUCCGCUAUGAAGUCUAAAGUCAAAGGCGUCAGGUCCAAAAACAUGGACAAACUGAUAGCAGCCGUCCAGGCCAGGGAGUGUUUAUGGGAUAAAAGCUACAGGGGCCACCGGAACCGGUUCAAAUUGGAGCGCUAUUGGAACGAGGUCGCCGCAGAAGUGGGAACGACGAGUAUUAAUUGUAGAAAGAGAUGGAAGAACUUAAAAGACCAAUGCAGGAAAGAGAUGAAGAAGAAUCCAAACGAAUCAGAUUGGCCGCACUUCAAGAAAUUGAAAUUCAUUCAUCACCAGUUCCUGGCUGAAGACGGUGAAGGUGAUGAAGACACGACUGAUGAAGUUUUCAAUUCAUUAGAUGAUUCUAUAAAAAGACCAAAGCUCGGAUAUACCAUGAGAAAGAAAUUAUUGAUGAAUAAACGUAGAACUAUUGACGUUGAUAUGAAUAAAUUGAUCGAUUUAGUCAGACCUAUGGAUUUAAUUUGGAAUAGACAGUUAAAAGGUCACCAUAACUGGUAUAAACUAGAUGAAAGUUGGAAAGAGAUCGCUAAGGAAUUAGGAGUUACGAGAGACGAGGCGCGCCUUAAAUGGAAAUAUCUAAGAGACCAAGCGAGAAAGGAAGUACGUAAGCAAGACUCUGAAUGGGAAUACUUACCCAAACUACAGUUUCUAACAAGCCAGUUUAAUGAUUACGAGAAUAAUGAGGCUGCAGACGAGCAGUACCCACAGGAAUACGAACCUAUAGACACGUCCGCGUCCUACUACGCCGAGCCGGCAAAUGAAGUUGCCAAUGAUGAAGAUUUCGAUGAAUUCGAUACAAAACCAAUUAUAAUGGAGACAGACUUCUACGAUGAUGAUGAUGAAGCUCAAAGAAGUGCAACCGGUGAAGAGCCAGCUAAAGACGAAGAUAUAGGCUUCUUUAACAGUCUACUUCCUCAUGUUAAGAAAUUGGUGCCUGCAAAAAAGUUGAUGCUCAGAAUGAAGAUACAAGAAUUGGUUUAUAAUACGGUUUACAGUGAAAAUUGAAGUAUAGUAAAUGUAACAAGGUUUUCAUAUCUAAUGAGCCAUUAUGCUCUUGUUUUUCGACUGGUCUAUAGUUGAAGUUUGAUUUCAAUGACAUCAAAUGUCAUUAAGGCAGUUUUUGUAAAGAAGCAGAGUUCAAGUGACAAAUAAAAUUGAGAGUAGAGUUUGUUUUGCUGG